GGUGCGCAGAGCGGAAGCCGCGGCCCUAGGCUCGAAACGGCGGGUGGGCGGCGGGUGCGGGCAGUUCGGCCCGCGGCCUGGGCAGAGCCGGGGGCCAUGGAGCCGCCGCUGUCGGGCUAGGGAGGGCUGGCGCUGCCGGGUCCGCGGCGAUGGCGGGCUACGCGCGUCGUCCGGGUUUCCCUCCGCUGUCGCGAGCCCAGAGCCUCACCAUUCCUGAUGCUCCAGCGUUCUAUGAGCGCCUGUCCUGUCUCCCCCAGCUAGACUGUGAGCGCCCCCCUGGCAGGGAUCUGGACUCCCACUUCUUCGGCAUUCGGCCGACGUUUAUGUGCUAUGUACCCAGUCCAGUGCUAGCUUCCGUUGGAGGCACAGAUGAUAAGCUUGAAGACCUUGAAGAGGCAAAUCCCUUCUCCUUUAAAGAGUUUCUAAAAACUAAGAACCUCAGCCUGUCGAAAGAGGACACAACCAAGCGUAGAAUCUACCCAAAGGAAGCCACGAGGCACUUGCUGGGGCUGGACCACAGCUCCCCAACCUCCCAAACCACGACAUAUGAUCUGGAUUAUCAGCAGCCGUUUUUUGAAGAUCUAACAGGAGCUGGUGACCUCCUGGAUGCGGACGAUGAGGAUGAGGACAAUGGGUGGAAUGGGACCUAUCUUCCAUCCACUGUGGAGCAGACCCACUCCUCAAGGGCCACUGCCAGCACGUCGCCCUGUGGCACAUAUGUCUCCUUUUUUUCUGACCCAUCAGAGCUGGUGGGUCCUGAUGCUCUGCACCCGUGGACACUGAGUGACUCCGACUCUCGUGUCUCUCCGGUGGGGAGCCCCAGUGCAGACUUCACAGCCCACGGAGAGACGCUGGGGGACAGGCACCUUCGGACACUGCAGAUAAGUUACGAAGCACUGAAAGAUGAAAAUUCUAAGCUAAGAAGAAAGCUGACUGAGGUUCAGAGCUUCUCUGAAACUCAAACAGAAAUGGUGAGGACGCUGGAGCGGAAACUAGAAGCAAAGAUGAUAAAGGAGGAGAGCGACUACCGUGACCUGGAGUCCGUGGUUCAGCAGGUGGAGCAGAAUCUGGAGCUGAUGACGAAACGGGCUGUAAAGGCUGAAAAUCACAUCAUGAAGCUGAAACAGGAAAAAGGCUUGCUCCAGGCGCAGGUGUCUAACUUCAGGCGGGAGAAUGAAGCCCUGCGGUCUGGCCAGGGCGCCAGCCUGACUAUGGUGAAGCAGAACACCGAUGUGGCCUUGCAGAACCUCCGUGUUGUCAUGAACAACGCACAUUCCUCAAUAAAGCAGCUGGUUUCUGGAGCUGAAACAUUGAAUCUUGUUGCUGAAAUCCUUAAAUCCAUAGACAGAAUUUCUGAAAUUAAAGACGAGGAGGAGGAGGAGACAACGGCAGAGUCUUGAGAACCACUGAGAUGCUUCCAGUUCACAGCUGUUUGCAUCCUGAAGUCAAUACUUACUGGAUUUGAUUGUGUCUUUAAAAUGCAGUCUUCACCUGUAGUAAAAAUAUUUUAUCACAAGGUACUAAUUUCAUGACCUAAAACAGUAUUAGUUGUCAACAGCAAUGAGGAGCAGCUCCUGUACCUGUGAGCUGCACCUGUAGUUUCUAUGCAGCCCUUCUGGGUGAACUCCCCACUCUUUUAUGGUUUCUAAUCGGUUGGGAGACAUUUUUAUAAAAGCCAGUGAUAUGUUAACGGUUACUAAACAUGAAAACAGUAGUUCCGUAGUGUUUCCAUCGUCAUUCCAGAACAUUAACUGUAGGAUAAGUUCAAUUGAUUGCCCUUGAUUUUGUGAGCAAAGACAAACACUAAAUGAGCCAUAAACCAAACGAUCGCCUUGGACAGGGACUUGUGCCUUUUCGCCACCACUCUGCCCCCUCUGGCUCUCUGUCCGCGCGUGUGGCCUUCACAGGGGUGGCUCCUGCGGCUGGUGGCCCGAGUGUGGACGCCUGUGUGGUGGGGACUGCUGUCCUCCAACGGACCAAGGUCAGCACAGGCAUUCCACGGUGCAAAGCCAUGUAAAUGCACCUUUUGUGGGUUUUUAGACUUAAAAAACUGCUUUUGGCUGGAGGGUUUUCAUACAUUUCAAGUGGCAUUUUGUACAGUGACGUGUAGAAGUCAGGAAUAUAGAGUAUGUGCAGAGCCUUUUGGAGUUAGUUUGAGGUCUCCGGGUGCCUUUACAACUGCUCUCUGAUGUAGGGAAGGCGUAACACACACUGUAUGCCUCUGGCUGUUUGCCUGUAGACAUUUUUUAAAUUUCCUUUUCCCCUCCUGUUCAGAUUGACAGUUUAUUUAAUAAAGUCUAGAAGUCAUGCACUGUC